AUGAGGAUUGCCUUCUUUUCCGUCUUCGUGUUCGUAGCCAACGGUCUGGGCUGCCAGGCAUCGAAAUGUCCAGACUCACCAGGCACCACAGGCCUCACGGUUCGCACGUCUACUGGUACCUUCACCGGCCUGAUCGACCCUGAAUUCCCCAACACGCGUCAGUUCCGAGCAAUUCCCUUCGCCGAGCCUCCCGUCGGGUCACGCCGCUGGCUGCCUCCGCAGAAGCUCUCCUCGUCACCAGACGAACACCGCUAUGCGACCAAGUACCCGCCGUCGUGCCCACAGUUUGUGACAGCACUCGAGUCCAUGUGGAACCUGCCGCUGACCAAGGGGAACUUGGUCUACAACGGCGCGCAGAACGACACAUCCGGGCUGGUGGGCGAGGCCACAUCCGAGGACUGCUUGCACCUGGCAGUGUGGACGCCGACAGGCGAGGUCCCGGAAGGAGGCUUUCCUGUGCUCUUCUUCAUGACCGGAGGCGGCUUCUAUAUCGGCGGCGUCAACCUCCCUUGGCAAAUACCAACGUCGUGGGUCGAGCGGUCGCGGUCUCACAUUGUCGUCAGCGUCAACUACCGCCUAAACAUAUUCGGCUUCCCUGGAGCCCGUGGUCUAGCCGGUGGCGAACAGAACCUGGGCAUUCUCGACCAGCGUGCAGCGCUGGAAUGGGUCCACGACAACGUCGCGGCGUUCGGCGGCAACCCCGAACGCAUCAUGCAGUGGGGCCGCUCGGCUGGAGCCAUCGCCGCCGACAUUCAUGCCUACGCCUACCACGAGGACCCCAUUGCCCAAUCCUACUACAUGGAGUCGGGCACGGCCUUCAGCUUCGCGGGCGCGGAGCCUUCGUAUUCCAACUUUAGCUUUGUAGCGCAAAACGUCGGGUGCGAGGCGCCCUGCGGCGUUGACUGCGACGACGAGGACGGUAAAGCAGAGCUGGACUGCAUGCGCCAGGUGUCGAUGGUGCAGAUCUCCAACUUCAUCGGACAGUACGGCGACCGUAUGGAGAGGCCUGCGCUGGGAUUUGGCCCGAUGGUCGAUGAUCGUGUCAUCUUUUCCAACUACACGGCUAGGUCCGAGCAGGGCAAGAUCGCGCGCCGGCCCGCCCUGAUCUCCUUCACGUCCAACGAGUUCACGUCACUGGUGCCCUGGCCAAAAGAGGACCUCGAAGGCGGUGUCGACCAGGACGAGGUCAAUGACUGGAACCUUGGGUUCGCAACAUGCGCAGGACUGAACUCGACGGCCUACCGAAACCGACUUGGUCCCGAUGUGCCCGUCUUCCGGUUCCAGUACGCGGCCGAGUUUCCCAACCUCAAUGUAUACGACUGGCUUGGUGCAUACCACAACAGCGAGACGCCACUGAUCUUCGGAACCUAUGGACUGCUAGAUCACAUUGCGAACACGACCGAGUUUCAGAUUGAGGUUAGCCAUUCGAUGCAGGACCACAUCCUGGCGUUUGCCGAGGACCCGUUCAACGGCCCGCAAGCACUCGGCUGGCAACCCAUGGACACGAGGCUUGCUAACGGUGGCGACCUCUUGCGCUUCGGGGGGUCCAGUGGGGAGGUAUUUGUCCACGUUGAUGGCAUUGAGCUGGAUGGCGUGUGCCUUGGGAUUCGUGAGCACGACCCCUUUCCGUGA